UGCGAUUUGGAAUAAUUAUAUUUUAUUUAUAUUCAAUUUUACAAGAGAAAAUAUAUCUUUUAAAAUUAAUAUUAUAAUUUUUAAUGAAAAGUUCUAAUUACAACAAAUAUAUAUAAAUUAUUAACAAAAAGAGAAUGUGAAGUAGACCCCCGGGCCCCGUCUUACUUAUACAUAUCGCUGUCCUCCUUUCAACUCCACAAAUCACCACUUUCCCUCGUCUUUCCACCUCCAAAACACUAGCUACCUCAUCCACCAUCCGCCAUUGUUAUCCCAAAACUAUGGACGAUUACCUGCAAUUAUUCAUCAAAGAGACAACUCUGUACAAUCAAUUAGUGCUCGGAAGUUUAUUGCCGGAAAAUCUGUGGACUCCGCUCCCACACGCCGUCCAAGGGUGGCUCCGUAACUACAUUGCCGCCACCAUUCUUUACUUCGUCUCCGGCUUCCUCUUAUGCUUCUACAUUUACCACUUUAAGCGUAACAUCCUUCUCCCCAAAGAUGCAAUUCCUUCAAGAAAAGCAAUGGGUUUACAAAUAUAUGUGGCAAUGAAGGCGAUGCCAUGGUAUUGUCUUCUUCCUACGAUCUCGGAGUACAUGGUUGAAAAUGGAUGGACCAGAUGUUUUUCAAGGAUAAGUGACGUUGGCUGGUUUUCAUAUGCUUUGAAUUUAGGGUUUUAUCUUAUACUCGUUGAAUUCGGUAUUUAUUGGAUGCAUAGAGAGUUACAUGACAUUAAACCUCUCUACAAAUACCUUCAUGCAACUCAUCAUAUCUACAAUAAGCAAAACACACUUUCACCUUUCGCCGGUUUGGCGUUCCAUCCUCUAGAUGGUAUACUACAAGCCGUGCCACAUGUUAUCGCGUUAUUCCUAGUGCCAACACAUUUCACAACGCACAUAGGGUUGUUAUUUAUUGAAGCCAUAUGGACCGCAAACAUUCAUGAUUGUGUAGAUGGGAAAAUAUGGCCCGUUAUGGGUGCGGGCUACCACACUAUUCAUCAUACAACAUACCGACACAACUACGGGCAUUAUACCGUAUGGAUGGAUUGGAUGUUUGGCACACUUCGUGAUCCUUUAGAAGACGAAGAGACCAAAAAAAUGUGACUUUGAUUGGUGUCUUGUUUUGGAUUGUGUUGUGUUUUAUGUAAAGAACUAUUUUUUCGAUGGUUUUAUAUCGGUUAAUUUGAGUUAUAUUUUAUUUAUAGCAGGUUAAACUGAUCACAAUAAAAAAACGGUUGACAUAACAUACAAUUGUUGUGUGGACAAAAGAAUUGAAC